CACAUGCUUGUAGUUGACUCUCAACUUUCUCCUCCCUCACUCUCUCUCCAACCCUUCCUCCUUCCUUUCUCUAUAACAAAUUCCCAACUUAAUUUUUCCAUCAAAAACUUGAACAAAAACAAAAACAAAAACAUUAUUACCAAUAAUAUUACCAAAUCUAGAACAGAUAUGGGAAACAUGAAGAAGUGUCAAAAAGGCUACUCCAAUAUCAUCAUCUUAGUCCCAUAUCCAGCCCAAGGACACGUCACUCCCAUGCUAAAGCUAGCCAAUUCCUUGCUAAGCCAAGGAUUCCGACCACUUCUGGUCACUCCCGAGUACAUUCACAACCAAAUAGCACGUCAGAUUGAGGCCGAAAGCGCGAUCAUUUGCGCGUCGAUACCCGACGGCAUCGACGAGAAAAGACCUAGAGACUUCUUCGCUAUAGAAGAGGCCAUGGAGAAGAAUAUGCCUUGCCAUUUGGAGCGGCUUGUUUGUGAACUUGGUGAUGGAGUUGUGGCUUGUAUGGUUGUGGAUUUGCUGGCUUCAUGGGCCAUCGGAGUAGGCAACCGGUGUCGGGUUCCUGUCACCGGGUUUUGGCCCGUCAUGCUCGCCACUUAUCGCCUCAUCCUCGCCAUACCGGACAUGGUCCGUUCAGGCCUCAUUUCUGAUGCAGGAAGUCCAAGACAACACAGUGCAGUGCGGUUUCUACCCAACCAACCCAUCUUAUCAACCGAAGAGCUUCCAUGGCUGAUCGGCACACAAGUUGCAAGAAAAGCAAGAUUCAAAUUCUGGACAAGAACUUUAUCAAGAUUAACAACUCUCAAAUGGGUCCUCGUAAAUUCCUUCCCAGAUGAAUUCCAACACCAAAACCGCCUCACCACAAACCCCCCAAACCCAAAUCUUCCUCUUCUUCUCCCAAUCGGCCCUCUCACAAACCAUUCACAAACCAAAAACCCAACAUUCCGGGAAGAAGACAAAAGCUGCUUAAAAUGGCUUGAUAAACAGAGGCCAAAUUCAGUUAUUUACAUAUCUUUUGGGAGUUGGGUCAGCCCCAUUGGAGAGUCCAAGAUCAGGAGCUUGGCCAUGGCGUUGGAGUCUGUGGGGCAUUUCUUCAUAUGGGUUCUGGGCAGCUCGUGGAGAUCGGGAUUACCCGGCGGAUUCGUCGAAAGAGUGGCCGAAAAAGGGAAAAUUGUGUCGUGGGCACCGCAAAUGGAGGUUUUGAGGCACAAAUCGGUGGGAGUUUACCUCACGCAUUGCGGGUGGAACUCGACUUUGGAGGCCAUCCAGUGCCGGAAGCGGCUGCUCUGUUAUCCGAUCGCGGGAGAUCAGUUUAUGAACUGCAAUUAUAUUGUUAGAGUUUGGAAGAUUGGAGUUAGGAUUGGUGGGUUUGGGAAGAAGGAUGUUGAGGGUGGGUUGAGGAAGUUGGGGGAGGAUAAGGAGAUGGGAGACAGGUUGAAGAAGAUGUACCAGAGGACCAUGGGAGAUGAGGCUGGUUUCAGAGCUAGGGAUAAUCUGAGGGCGUUUAAGGAUUUUCUCGGGAAACAAACAGUGCUUGGGUCUUCGUUUGAUGAUGAGGGUAAUGAAGAUGUUGAUGAAAUUUAGGUUCUAAAUUCUUGUUUUCUUGUAGAGAUUUGUAGAGUGGUAUAUAUUUGUCGUGCGCGAUGAUUGAUAGAAUGAUGGGCAUUUGCGGUUCAUUGUAAAAAAAUUUCAUCACAAUAGUUUUUACAACUUUUAUUAUUACUUUUGCUUCCUAGUU